AUGCUUCAUUCAAACUUAAUGAGGUCAGCUUUCUAUAUCGUUGUAUUGAUAAACACCUAUACGACUGCUCGCAUCUUACACAAGCCUCGUGAAGUUCGUUGUUCAACGUUAAUUGUCUUUGGUGAUUCGUUUUCUGAUGAUGGAGUGGAAGCUAUGGGUCCAUCACAUGGUUUCGUUCGUGAUUGCAAUGGCCCAAACUAUGCAGAAUAUCUGAACAAGUUACUACAAUGUGAAACGUAUCUGAACUUUGCCUACAGUGGGGCAAAGAGUGGGCAGGAUAACUUUUAUUUCAAUGGAUGGUCCGGGGUACAAUGGCAAGUUGACAAGUUCUUAGAAGCCGAGUCUGAAUACGAUUUGGAUCCCAUAAUUGUGUUUCAAUCAGGUGGCUCCAUUGACUUCUUUACUGGAGACAAUGAUUCCACAGCUGUUCUGAGUAACAUUCAAUCAACUUUACAUAAAUUAACAAAAAAUUUGGAUAGAGGAACACUAAUUGUGUUAUCUCUAAUGGAUGUUUCUUCUGCACCUGGCGUGCGAAGUUCAGAAGAUUCUGACGAUUUACGAUUCCGCCUAGGUCAAUUAGUUUCUGAUACAAACAGAAAGUUAGGCCAAUUGAUUCUUGAUGGAGAUUUGGGUGUACGUCGUAUGUCUCCAUCACUGACUGUUCAGUAUAUUGAUAUAAAUCCAAUCAUUCUUACUUCAACAUAUCAUUUGAACACAACACAACCUUUCUCUCAUCACUCUCCAGACACCAGUAUACGCUCAGCAUUCCGCUAUGCUUAUCACGAUUUAUGGAAUCCUUCAACAAUCGUUCACUAUGCUGUCGCUAAAGACAUUGCUCGUCAACUCCAAGAUCUCUAA